AUGGAAGAGGGAAACUACUCAGAAGCAACAGAGUUUAUUUUCUCAGGACUGAUGGAUCAUCCAGAGCUGCAGGUCCCUCUAUUUUGGGUGUUCCUACUGAUUUAUGUUGUCACUCUAGUGGGGAACGGGGGGAUGAUCUUGUUAAUCACAGUUGACUUGCAACUCCACACCCCCAUGUACAUUUUCCUGCGGAAUUUGUCUGUCUUUGAUAUCUGCUAUUCCACAGUCAUUGCCCCUAAGAUGCUGCUGGACUUCUUAGCUGAGAGGAAAAGCAUUUCUCGCACUGCCUGUGCUGUGCAAAUGUAUUUCUCUCUCUGUCUUGCAGAUAUUGAGUGUCUCUUGCUGGCUGUGAUGGCGUACGACCGUUACGUGGCCAUUUGUAACCCACUGCUCUAUAGAGUCACCAUGUCCAGUCAGUUUUGUAACCAGCUCAUGGUUGGGCUGUGUGCUGUGGGGUUGGUGGAUUCUCUGACACACACAUGUCUAACAUUUCGACUGUCAUUCUGCCGCUCCAAUAUUCUCAAUCAUUUCUGCUGUGACAUCCCCCCAUUGCUAGCGCUCUCCUGCUCUGACACCCACAUCAAUGAGAUUAUGGAAGAGAGAAAUCACUCCGUGGUGACUGAAUUCAUUCUCUCAGGACUGACAGAUCGUCCGGAGCUGCAGGUCCCCCUGUUUGGGCUGUUCCUACUGAUUUAUGUUAUCAACCUGCUGGGAAACGGGGGGAUGAUCUUGUUAAUCACAAUUGACCCCCAACUCCACACCCCCAUGUACUUUUUACUCAGGAAUUUGUCUUUCUGUGAUCUCUGCUAUUCCUCCAUAAUAGCUCCUAAGUUGUUGCUGAAUUUGUUGGAUGAGAAGAAAAGCAUUUCUUACACUGCCUGUGCUGUGCAAAUGUAUUUCUUUUACUCUUUUACAGAUAUUGAGUGCUUCUUGCUGGCUGUGAUGGCGUAUGACCGUUACGUGGCCAUCUGUAACCCGCUGCUCUAUAGGGUCACCAUGUCCAAGGAGUUUUGUAACCAGUUGGUGGCUGGGAUUUAUACUGUGGGGUUGGUGGAUUCAAUGAUACACACGUGUUGUACAUUCCGGCUGUCAUUCUGCCGCUCUAACGUCAUCAAUCAUUUCUUCUGUGAUAUUCCCCCACUGCUGGCGCUCUCCUGCUCUGACACCCACAUCAGUGAGAUUUUGUUAUUUGUCUUCAGCGGCUGCAUUUUAGUGGGCAGCAUUGUGACCGUCCUUCUCUCCUACAUCUAUAUCAUUGCUACGAUAUUGCGGAUCCCCUCUGCUGAGGGCCGGCACAAAGCCUUCUCCACUUGCGCUUUCCACUUGAUUGUGGUACUUAUGUUUCACGGCACCCAACUCUUCACGUACUUACGACCCACCUCCAGCUAUUCCAUGGACAGAGACAAAAUGGUCUCCGUGUUCUACACACUGGUCAUCCCCAUGUUGAACCCCCUCAUCUACAGCCUGAGGAACAGGGAAGUGAAGGACGCCCUCAGGAAAGCCAUCAAUAGACUCCUUACUAAUUCUUGA